GGAACCUGAACCUCAGGUCCUCUGGCUGUGGAUAGGCUGUCUCAGGACUCGGCUCCCACAGGCCCCUGGGAACAGUGACUGCUGGGAAGGCUCUCCGGCUGCCAGGCUCUCGCUCUGACUCGCAGCCCUGUCCGGCUGACUCUGUCCAGGGCCAGUCCUAGGUCUACAGAGACCCCUCGUGCUGUGGGGACUGACGGUGGGAAGGGGCCUGCACGUGGCAGUUCAUGGUGGCUGUACCCAGCAAUGGCUUCCACCAGUCCCUGUGGCGGUCUAACUGCCUGUCACCCAGGGAGGAGCAGGAGCUGGAUUUUGACCACCUAGGUGAGGGGCUCGUGGAAGUAUCCUCAGGAGACGGCCCUCCCUGGGAGGCAGAGCUCGUGAGCAGGAUCAGGGCCCUGUCAGCCACGGAGAAGAGCCUGGUGCUGGAGACUGUCAGCCACUACUUGGAGGAGCGCGGCCAGGGUGCCGGGAAGGAGCAGGUGUGGGGCACCGAGGAUGUUGCCAUCCGGGAGCUUCUGGAACCGUGGCACCUGGUCCCCCAGCAGACUCUGGAGCAGACUUUCCUCUUCCACCUCUCUGGGCUGGUCCUGCGGGAGUGUGAUGACACGGAGCUGGUGAAGAGUCACCUGGCCCACCUCCUGGAGCUGCCCCACCAGCCCUGCAGCCAGCGGGAGGGCAUCGCACUCGCUGUGGGCCUGACGUCGGCCUCACACCUGGAGGAUGUGUGGGCCGCACUGGAACACCUGGGCCGCACCAGGUUCCUGAGGUCAGCCCUCUGCUUGGCAGAUGGCCAGGGCAGGUGGGAGCCAGAGCUGAAGCGGCUCCGAAGGCCCCACUUCCUGCCGCCCACUCCUCAGCAGCCGGACUCCGACCUGCACUGGAAGUGGGUGAGCAGCACUGUCCUGCUCUGCUAUGGGCAGGUGGCCUUGCACGCCAGGGAGCAGGUCCUGCCCUGGGUGGACAGCCUCGCCUCCAGGAUGGUGUACUACUUCUCCUGCAGCAGCUAUGACAGCGCCCUCAAAACCAGCUUCUUGGCGGCGGCCGUCAUGCUGGUGAAGGCUCUCAGGCGGGAGGCCGGCACCCAGAGCUACAAGUUCAUGCAGACUCCAGAGCUCAUCCGGUGCCUCCUGUGCAUCCUGCAGAGGGAGCCCAACUUCCUGGCCACCCCCUUCCGACAGAAGAUUAUCCUGGUCAUCGUGGGACUGAGCAACCUGCGGCCCUGCCUGAAGCCCACAGUCAAGUCCACGAUCCUGCAGACCUGCCUGAAGAGCCUGUACACGCUCCCGCCCCUGGAGCUGCCGGACAGCAGUCUGCCUCCACAGGACCCUGCCCCGGAUGUCAUGGCAUUAUACCAGAAGACCAUGUGUGCCCUGGACUUACUCCUACAGACCUUCAUCUCUGAAAACAAGAGCAUGGACGAGGUCUGCUUCCUCCUGCAGCACGCAGAGCCCUGGCUGAAGUCAGACGAGGGCCUUGAGUGCCGGCGGGCGGUGCAGUCCAUCUCCCUGCUCCUGCAGUAUGUGGCAGACGUCCUGAAGUUCACGGAAGAGGCCACGCCCUCCAUGCUGGGCCACCAGAUAGGCCUGCUGACUCUGCUGUGGCGGGACAAGGACGAGGUCACCCGGAAUCUCUCCUGUCAGUGUGUCCACCUCCUCCUCCAGCUCCUGGUUUUACAGAAGGGGAGGACGGUGGAGCUGCCGCAUGUGAACAGACUGAAACAAUGGGAAGUGAGGGGCUCCAGGGAAUGGCAGGCAAAGCUCUACCACACAGUGAAGGCCUUCAACGAGACCCUGACGGUGGCACAGCACACGCAGCUGGUCCUCUCACUCCUGCACGGCCUCGGCAGCCACGGCCCCCUGCGCUGCGACCUGGCCUCGCAGCUCCUCCUGACCAUGUUCCAGGAGCCUGGCGUCAAGCCUGAGCAGGUGGCUGAAGUCCUGCAGGGCCUGUUCCGGGAGCUGCCGGGCAUCGUGUUCAAGGGCAUCCGGCAGACGGUGAUGCAGGCUGUCUCGGCUCUGGGGGCCCGGCACACGCAGGAGACGGUGGAGGUGGUCCUGUGCCUGGGCCACCCGUCAGAGAGGCAGGUCCUGCCCCUGUGGAAGGCCCUGGCUACCACCCCCCGGCUGACCCGUGAAGUCGUCACCCAGCUCUACAUGAAGCUGAAGCUGCGGCCGCCCAGGUUGCUGGGCCGGAGCCUCUCUGAGUUCCGGCCCAUCUCCCUGCUGGCCCUGGGCACCAUCUACGAGCUGCUCUACGUCCAGGAGUUCAGGGCCACCGUCCGUUGGGCCUUUGCGGGGAUCCUGCUGGGCCUCCUCACACAGCUCCACUACCUGUUCGAGCUGGGGCUGCUCGAGGACAUCUCUGACUACCCGGAAGACACCCUGGAAACAAAGCCCCUCAGCCCCUGCAGGACAUGCCUGGAAGCCCUGAAGGGGCUCUUCUGGACCACCAGCUACUGGGAGGUGUUUGCCCACCUCAAGCUGCUGAGCGGCUGGGAGCUCUUGGAGCACCCGGAGACCUACACGGAUGGGGUGACUCUCCUGGCCAGGGCCAUGGCCCAGUAUAACUGCGAGGUCAAGGCUGUCUUGGGGCAGGCGGCCAUCUCCUUGAAGAGCACCGAGGAGCGGGAGAAUGUCGCAGCUAUCCUCAUCAUCACCGAGUUUCUCAGCAGCCCCGAGGUCUUCCAGCAUGUGUCUCGGAGGGCCGUGGACAACUGCCUGAGCCUGAGCCUGAGCAACUCCAGCCAGCUGGUGCGGGCCAUGAGCCUGAAGGGCCUCAGCAGCACCCUGAUGCACCCUAAGAAGGUGGCCUUGCUGCGGAGCCAGCUGCUGGGGCUGCUGGAUAGCUUCCUGAAACCUGAACCCAAGGACAUCACAGGCCUGAUGGAGGUCCUGAGCCAUGUUCUGCACCGCCUAGGCACCCAGGGCGACGGCGCUGUCAGCGUCAAGAUCGCCCAGCACCUGCUUCCGCUCUUCGAGGAUGAGAGGGAGGAGGUGCGAGCAGGGGCCAUCUUCCUGUUCGGGGACGUCGUCUACAGUGGCGGCAAGAAGUUCCGGCAAACGCUGAAGGGCCUCGCCUUCCAGGCCCUGGUGCCACUGCUCCUGCACCAGGCCGACCCCUGCCCCAAGGUGGUCAUGAAGGCCAAGUUCACCUUCCUGCGCUGUGCCAUCCUGCUCAAGUGGGAGUUCCGGAAGGAGCUAUCCAGCAAGCUGGCCUGGGGCCGUGGGCCGGGUGCUGAGAAUGACAUUUUCAUCUACAUGGUGGAGAGCAACUUCAGCAGCUGCCAGCAGUUCCUCAUGCAGGCCUUGACUUACCUCGACAGCCCCCUCCAGGGCCUCAAGCUGGCGGCCAUGAAGUUCAUUGGGGGAAUGCUGCAAGAUUACUUCACUGACCUCUGCUUCUACCUGAAGAAGGGCGAUGUGAAAAUCCUCCAGAAAAGCUUUGAGACCCUCAGGGAGGACCAGGACUCCGUAUGCCGCAAGUUCUACCUGAGCUUCCUGGCGGACGUGAUGGAGCUGUCCCAGUACGUGACCUGAGCUCCGCCGGCCUGCUGGCCUGUCACGUCCUUGCUGUUGUCUCUGAGUUCUGUCUUUAUUAAAUGCUGA